AUGUCUGACCUAAGACAGUUUGAACACCUCAAAAUACAAUUAGAAGCUAUAAAAUCAGCAACAAACAACUUUUCUGAAGACAAUUGCAUCGGAAGAGGAGGAUUUGGGAAAGUUUAUAAGGGAAAACUCACCCAUUCAAAGCGGCAUACCAUGGUUGCUAUAAAACGUUUAGAUCGCACAUUUGGGCAAGGAGACUCGGAGUUUUGGAAAGAGAUCAUUAUUCUUUCUCUUUACAAACAUGAUAAUAUUGUGUCUCUCGUAGGGUUUUGUGAUGAUAUUGGCGAGAAGAUCCUUGUGUAUGAGUACACAUCAAAGAGAAGUCUUGACAUGUAUCUCAACAACAGUGAUCUAACAUGGAUUCUACGCCUUAAAAUAUGUAUUGGUGCAGCUUGUGGACUUGCGAUAGCAGAUUUUGGUCUAUCUAAAUUUGGUCCAGCUAACCAGCGAUAUUCCUUCCUUGUCUCUAAAGCUUGUGGCACUCUUGGUUAUUGUGAUCCGCUUUACGUAGAGACGGGUUUAUUAACAAAGGAGUCAGAUGUUUACUCUUUUGGUGUGGUUUUGUUUGAAGUUUUGUGUGGGAGGUUGUGUAUUCGUCAAAAGGAUAUGGGCCCACCUUUAACUGAGUUGGUGAAAAGGUGCUACGAAGGGAACAGCCUAAAUGGAAUUAUUUUUGGUAAGAUUAAGGAUGAAAUAAAUCCUAGUUCUUUGAAGGCGUUUACAGAAAUUGCUUAUAGAUGUUUAAAGAGAAACCGUGAAGAACGUCCGUUAAUGAAAGAGGUGGUGAGAAUGCUUGAAAUUGCAUUCAGAUAUCAAAGCAAUGAUACGAUACCUUCACAAUCAAAGGGCGGUUUAUGGACACCUCAGAAACAGGGGAACCAAUCAAGGGCUCCUGAAAUCGAUAUUAUGGAGCUUGAGAGUCUGUUUUCAACAGCUUCAGUGUUUACACACAUACACAAGGAUAAUGAUACGCCACAUUCUGAAAAUCUCAAACCAGAAAACAUUGAUUUGGUUCAUCCAGAAAGAGCAAGUAAUUGUGAAAUCAUGCUUGGGAAAAUGAAGAUUCCUCUACCUGAUAUUAUUAAUGCCAUCCUUGCAUUAGAUCCUUCUGCUUUGAAUCUUGAUCAAGUUGAUAAUCUUAUCAAAUUUUGUCCUACAGAAAAAGAAAUGGAGAUGAUAAAGAGCUAUACAGGAGACAAGAAAAUGCUAGGACAAUGUGAACAGUUUUUCUUGCAGUGUGCGAACAUCCCAAGGAUAGAGACAAAACUACGAGUAUUUGCAUUCAAAAUUAGUUUUAUGAGUCGGGUUAACAAUUUCAGAGACACCCUGAAUACAAUCAAUGAAGCUACUAGAGAGAUUAAGGAAUCAACAGAUCUGGCUAAGAUAAUGCAGACAAUUGUUAAAAUGGGGAAUACAUUAAAUGGAGGCACAGAAUCUUCGGGAAGAUUUAGGUUAGAUAGUUUUAAUCAGUUGGGUGAAAAACGGUCAACAAACAACAAGAUCACAUUGUUGCAUUUCUUAUGCAAGGUCGUUGCUGAGCAAACGCCUGAAUUGUUGGACUUUGAUAAGGAUUUGAUUCACUUGCAAGCUGCCUAUAGGUAUAAAAUACAAACCAAAAUUCUAUCGGAGGGCAUGCAUGCAUUAUUUAAAGGCGUUGAAAGGGUACAGCAGGAAUUUGAUGCUUCAGUCAAUGAUGGUCGAUACCAAGAGGUCUUGCAGAAUUUUCUUGAUAGUGCCAAUGCUCAACUGCAAACUCUUAGCUCCUUCUAUAGUAACGUGGGUCGAUAUAUAGACUCACUUCCUUUAUAUUUUGGGGAGGAUCCCAGUCGGUGUCCAUGGGAGCAAGUGAUAAGUACUCUGGUGCGUUUUAUAGAGAUGUUCAAGAGAGCACAUGAUCAGAAUAAAGCGUGGGCAGAUUAAAAGACUCGAUGUGUACCAAAAAAUGGGAAUUAUGAAAAGAUAUGUUAUAUGUUACCUUUAUUCGUAAUCUUUACGGAGGAAGGUAGCUUUUUUUUUUUUUUAAUGUAUGUACAAAAUACAAGGUACGUAUAUUAACCGAUUG